CAUCCGUUUCCUGUCCUACAGUUUGAAUUUUGUAAAAAAAGCUGAGCAAGAAGCGUCGCGCCCAAAGUCUUGGACCAUGAGCUGGGCGGUGGAGGAGUGGAAGGAUGGACUUCCAGGAAAAGCUCUGCAGAAGAUCCAGGAGAUGGAGGUCCAGCUGGACAAACUUAAAAAGGAAAGGAGCCAGAAGCAGUUUCAGCUGGACUCUCUGGAAGCUGUCCUGCAGAAACAGAAACAGAAGGUGGACAGUGAACGCACAGAGAUCUCUGCUAUGAAAAGAGAAAACCAGUCGUUGGUUGAAUCAUGUGAUGCUUUGGAAAAAACACGUCAGAAGGUCGUUCAUGAUCUUGGAGUCAAAGAGCAGCAGGUGAGUUACCUGGAGGGUCAGCUUAAUUCCUGCAGGAAGACCAUAGAGCGACUGGAGCAAGAACUCAAAAAGUACAAAACUGAGCUGGAUCGCUCUCAACCUGCUGGCUCUUCCUCGAUGUCGUCCUCUUCCUCUGAGCUGCAGAUGUACAGCACUCCACAGAAGAGCUUCGCUACGCCGGCACCUGCACACAGACAGCAAGACAAUAAACAGGAUGAGCUUCGGGAAAAGUACAACCAUGAAGUGGAAGAAAGAAAAAAGCUGGAAAGUGAGCUCAAAGUGUUGCAGAUCAAGCUGUUGAAUCAGUCGUCAGUCAGUGUCAGCCACAAGGACAUCGCUGCCCGGCAAGCUGGAUCGUCCAUAUUCCCAUGGCAACAGCAGGAGCGGGGUCAGGAUGUGACGGAAACGCCUCUGAAGAGACGUGGGGCGUCUCUGUGGGACGCCCACGAGGAGACGCCAAUCAAACCUAGCCAGCGGAUGAGUUCUUCCAGAACUGUCCAGAGUCCAAGUGGAUCUUCCCAACAGAUGGAGCAACUGAAGACUCUCAACCAGGAGCUGCGUGGUCGUGUUUCAGAGCUGGAGAGGAAUCUGGCUGCCCAGGAAAAGGAAAUUCGCAACCAAACGUCGAAGCUGCAAGAACUCCAAACUCACUUGAACCAGGCUCGCAAAGACCUAGUUGAGCGCGACAGAGACCUGGCCAAGGCUGGCCAUGAGCUGAGUCAAGCUGCAGACAGGCACCAGCGGCUGGAAGCAAAGUGUUCAUCGGUUGAGCAGAAGCUGAAGCAAGUCUCUGAGGAGAUGAGCUGUCAAAGGCACAACGCUGACAGCUGCAGACAAGCUCUGGAGCAGAAGCUCAAAGACCAAGAAAGAAACAGUCAAAAGGAGUUGGCUCAGCUUCAGAGUUCCCAUCAGGCUUUGGAUCAGCAGCUCAAUCAGACCAGAACCAAACUCACACAGGAGAUCCAACAGGCCAGAAAAGACCACAAUGUACUUCAAGCGGACAUGGAGAAGAUGCGCUUGCAGAAGAGUCAGAUGGAGAGAGAAAUUGAAGAUCACAAACAGAAGCUGCUGCGGUCAGAACAAAGUCUGCAGGCCACUCAGACUAAAGAGCAAGACCUCCGCAAAAAGAUGGAGGAGCUACAGAAGGAGAAAAACAGUUUCACCGUCCAGUUGGACCGGACCACCCGGUCCCUUUCUCAGCUGGAAGAAGAGAAGAGGAGCUCAGAGCAGACACUCAAACGCACCCAGGGGUUACUGGAAGAUCUAAAAGCAAAAUCUGAAGGACAGGCAGAGGAGCUGAAGAGACUUCAGUCAAAACUUGAGCAACAGACUCAGACGUCAACACGAGAGCUGGAAAACAUGAAGAAGAUGCUUUCCGAUGCAGAGUCCAGAAAUGACAAAUCUCAGAAGGAGCUCCAGAAACAGAGACAGGAGAGCGAGAGGCUGAGCAAUAAGCUGACGGUCAUCGAGAAGGAGAACCAAGAGCUGAAAACCAACCUCACCGACAAUCAGGAUGAGUGUAAGGCUUUGAAACAGGAACAUGAAGUUCUGUUGGAUUGGAAGAAAGACAAGGAGAACUUAAUAAACCACACUGAGGCUGUGCAAAAGGAGCUCACUGACAAAGUGAUCACUUUGGAGGGCAACGUGAGCCUGCUGAAUGAGACCAAGAAUGAACUUCAGAGCAAGCUCUCAUCCAUAGAGGCAGAGAAAGCCAGUCUGUCCGCCCACAUCGAUUCCUUGAAAGGAGAACUUCUCAUCAAGAGCACGGAGCUGGAGGAGAAGGAGCAUCAGUACCAGCAGCUUCAGCUUCAGUUUUCUGAAGCAGGACAGAAACACAGCAAAGACUUGGAGAAUGUUGGAAAGCAGCUAGCUCAGCUUGAAGGACAGGUCAAAGAACUGGAGUCCCAGUUGCAAAGAGAAACUGCUCGAGCAGAGCUUGCUGAGAAGACAAACUCUGAGCUACAGGAGGAACACCAGGCUGCAUGUGACCUGCUUCGCUCCAAAGAUCAGCUGGUGGAGCUGGGCCUGGCUGAGAUCUGCCAGCUGAAGGAAAGCCUCGCUCAGUCCACCACACAGCAAGAGAAGCAAAAUGCCAGCUUCGCGGAGGAGAAGACUGCCCUCCUGAAGGAGUGUGAGGAGAGUGUUUCAGCAAAGACUGAGGAGACAGAUCGCAUCAAGCUGCAGAUGGAGGAGGUCCAGCAGCAGCUGCUGCUCUCCAAAAACAAGAUCACUUCCAUGGAGCAGAUCCUAAAGGUCCAGGAACAUCUGGGAGCCGAACUGCAGAAACAAAUUAAGUCAGUGUCCGACAAGGAGGAGGAACUCAGAAAGGUGUACGAGGAGAAAUUGGAGGAGCUCAGACAGCUGGAGAAGGAGUUGAAGGACCAGAGGAGCCUGACAGAGGAGACUGAGAAGCGCCUCAGAGAGACUGAAGCUCAGAUCGUCUCAGUUGAAAACCAAAGGUCUGAGCUGGAAAAUCAAGUUCAAGAGAUGACGAAAGAAGCAGAGAUCCAGCAGCACAGCCACACUGAAAGGAUGAACACUCUCCUGGAGCAGAUCUCCGCUCUGGAAAAGCAGGCUGCGGCAAAUCGUGAGGCAACAGAGGAUGUUCCAAUUUUGAAGAACAAACUAGAAGUGGUCAAUCAGUCGCUUGCUAACCUUAGUAAAUCUCUUGAAGCUUCAGAAAAGAGCCUCUGCUCUGCAAAUGAAAGGAAAGCAGAUCUGGAGAUCACUCUGUCUGAGAAAGCGAAACGUAUCUCUGCUUUGGAGGAUCAAAUUGGUAAUCUCACUGAGAAGAUGAGUAAAGAGUCAGAGAGUCACAGCUCAGAGAUUGAAGACUUCGCCAAUAGGGAGAAGAGCCUUAAAGAGCAGCAGGAAGCCUCUAAAAAAUCAGUAGCUGCAGCCAAAACAGAGUUGAGCACUCGUCGGGAGGAGAUCCGAACCAUGAAGACGACUCUGUCUGCAGCUUCACGUGGCUUGGAGGAGAGAGACAACACAAUAAAGAGUCUAAAAGAGAAGCUAAACAAAGCAGAGGCAGAACAAGUCAAAGCCUCAGAGCUCCUGAAGGAGAAGAUUGGGGCCAUGAACAAAAUUAAGGUGCAGCUGGAGAUGCUGCAGAUGGACCUGGAGGACAACGAGACAGCCAUGAACUCUGUGGAAAGUCAGGUGGAGGAGCUGAAGGAAACCAUCGCAUCACUGGAGGCCCAGCUUGCUCAGAACCAGAGCCAGAUGUCUGACAUGGAGGCCAUGCUGCAGGAAAGCAAUGCUCAGGUUUCCGUCUUGGAAACCCGUUUGGAUGAAGUCCAAUCCCAGAACUCUCUGCUGGAGACAAAGUUUGUGACAGCCAAGGAAGACCUGCUGGAGAGGAGCUGUGAGAUAACCCGUCUGGAGGAGGAUGCUGUCAAACGGCAGCAGCUGGAGGAGAACAUCACUACCUUAGAGUCCAAACUGGGUCAGAUUACUGAAGAAAAGUCAAGGGUAGAGACAACUCUCCGACAGAUAAUUCAGGAAAAAGAUAUCGGUCUGGAUCAGCUAAAUGAGGAGAAAAUUAGCUUGGAGCUUUCUGUAAGGCAGUUACUUGAUGACCAGAAACGAGCUGAAACUGAAAUCCUUCAAGUAAAAGCAGAGAAGAAGGAUCUGGAGGUUAGAAUGAACAACCUGUCGGAGGAGAUCCAAAAACUCCACACCAAUGUUAAAGAGCUAUUUGACCAGAAACAAGAGGCAGAGGCAAAAAUUGAUCAGAUGGCUACAGAAACACAGGAGACUGAGUCUACGCUUAGUCGAGUCACUGAAGAGAAGGUCCAGCUAGAUGUUACUCUGAAUUUAAUCAAGGAGGAAAAAAUUCAACUUCAGGAGAAGCUUUUAACAUUAACCUCUGAGAGAGCGGACCUGGUCAGCAAUUUAGGACGGGUGGAAGAAGAGAAGCUUCAGCUGGAGUCCAACUAUGGUCAAGUCUCUGAGGAAAACAUCAAACUGCAGUCAGAGAGGAACCGUCUGUCUGAAGAGAAGCAGCAGCUACAAACCAGCACAGAGAGGAUGGAAGAGGAGAUGGUUUCUUUAAGAGAGGAGAGCGAGCGUAUCCAGCGCUCCCUGCUGUCCUCAGAGGAGGAGCGGCAGAAGCUGAAAGAGCAGCUCAAGAUGAAGGACGAGAUGAGCGAGAAGGAGAACAAAGAGCGGUGCCAACAGUUUGAGGCUGACCAGGCUGACCUUCACCAGAAACUCUCAGUCCUGCAGACAGAGCUGACUGUACUCCAGCAGCAGUAUGACUUACUGCUUGAACAAGUGGGCCAACAACACCGCCUCAUACAGCAGUUCACAGAAUCAGAGGAAUACCAGAGUCCAGCUGAAAAUAUCACCCAUGUAGGACCCAAAAGCCCUGACGAUGGGGCAGAGGCAGCUGUACAGACUGAGCCAAACCCAGAACCUGAUAUGAGCAGCAGUACCAGUGCAGAGUGCUGGCAACUGAAGGAACAAGAAGAGGUGUCUGAUCUGAGCUCUGAUCCGGUUGUCAGUGAGACAGAGCUGAUCUUUAAGGAGGAGUCCUCCGAUCAGCAUAUGCUCAACAAUGAGCUGGAAGAGGAGGAGGCAUGUCAGCAUGAUGUUCAGGAAAACCAACUUCACCAACAGGUCUCUGACAAGAACUGCAGUCCUGGUGAAGUUCUUGAAUCUUUCCCUCAAAGUGAGAUAAGAGGCCUGAAAUUCUCUGGACACGAGUCUUCAUUGGUCAAAGAAGACGUCGGCUUUUACACAGAAAUGAGCUCAGAACAACAGAGUGAGCUGAAGGCUCUUCGCUCAGAGUUUGACCUGCUGAGCUCGGAGCUGCAGCUGAGAACAGAACUCACCUCAGAACUGGAAGUCCAAGUUCACAACUUGGAGAAGAAGGUUCAUGCUUCAGAGGAUCAAGUACAGGGUGCAGCUCAACAGCUGAGCAUCGCUUUGGAGGAGAAGAAGAGUCUUUCCAAUGAGGUGAUGCAACUGGUAGAGGAGAGGGAGGCACUAACUCUGCAGCUGAACACCUCAAAAUGUCAACUUACUGAUGUUAUGGAGAUGUUAGAAGGGCUUGAGAUGGCCAAAGGUGGAUGGGAUGAAAGGUUCCUUCAGCAGGAGAGUGAGUUAAAGAGGGUCCGCUCUGAAAAGGCUAACCUGGAGCAACAUAUCCUGGGAAUGGAGUCUGAACUGGAGACCAUGCAAGCAGAAAGCGACGGGCUUAAGGAGGAGAUGGAGACCCUAAGGAAGACUGGUUCAGGCCUGGAACAACAGAUAGAAACACUUCUUACAGAGACAACCCAGCUGAGAACUGAACUUGUGUCCUGCACUGAAGACCGAGACGAGUUGAGUCAGUCUUUGGGUCAGUGGAGAGACAAGGUUCAUGGUUUGGAGAAGACCAACUGUGACACCAGAAAUUUAAUAUCCAUCCUGGAGGAUGACAUCCGGGUAGGAAAGAAGGAGUAUGAAGCUCUCCAAAGCAGCAUGGAGAGAGGGAAGGAAGAAAGAGAGCAGCUGUUGCAGCAGGUUGCUGUGCUGGAAGAGGCCCUUUCUAAACAGAACGAGGAGAAAAAGGAGCUACUCAACCAUCUUAAUGAGAUGAGAGAAGAUCAUACCUCUACCAACCAAAACACAGAGUCCAUGGCUGGCAAAAUCCAGACUUUAGAGGGAGAGGUCUGCCGCCUUUCCCAGUCUCUUGAGUCGUCUCUGAUGGAAAAAGGAGAGAUCGCCUCUCGACUGAACUCCACUCAGGAUGAAGUCCAGCAGAUGAGGACGGGCAUCGAAAAGCUCCAGGUCCGCAUCGAGUCAGAUGAGAGGAAGAAAAAGAAGAUGGGAGAGCUGCUCAAAGCUGCUCAGAGAAAGUCUGACUCACUGCAGGAUCGCAUCGACGCCUUGGAGCGAGAGAAGGACGAAUUAGAGCAAAACUUAGAGGAGGCUGUGCUGCAGGCUGAAACAGCAAAAGCUGAGCUGGAAGAGGAGAGGAGACAGGUGGAGGAAGAGAAGGAAGAGCUUGCUCAGGAACUGUCUGAGCUCUCUGCCACUUUGGACACCCUGAGAUCUGAGAAAGCUCAUUUAGAGAAAGAACUGGGCACAAAAAAUCUGGAGAUAGAGGAGCUAAAGGCAGCUAAGGACAAACUGGAAAGGGGGCUGGAGAAGGCAGAGGUGGAUAGAAGAGAAGAUCAGGAAAGACUGAAAUACAGACUAGAGGAGCUGGAGAAAUGCACAAGAGAGGAAGCUGAGAGACACAGUGUGCAAGUAGGAGAUCUUCAGGGUAAGCUGGAAGCUUCUCAGCAGAGAGAGAGUUUCCUUGAACAAAAGUGGACAGCGGCCGAACAAGAAAAGGAGAAGAUGCAGACGGCGUGUCUGGAGUUGGAGAAGGAUAAACGGUGCCUGCUGAGCUCCAUGCAAGACUUUCAGACAGAGACAGAAAGGGAAAAUAACAAUCUAAGGACAACUAUUGAGUCUUUAGGAGAAGAAAUAAAGGAUCUUAAAACACUUGUUCAUGUUAAAGAGGGAGACAUUCAUGCUUUGGAGAAGGAGAAAAAAGAGGCAGAGCAGAGGCAAGCUUUAGAUGAAUCUAUCUCAUCACUCAUGGCAGAGAAGGAACAGUUAGAGGGAAGAAACGGGCAACUGGAACAGGAGAGAGAUAAACUUCAGACCGCUCUGGUGUCUGUUAAACAGGAGAAAGAUGAACUAGAUCAGGAGAGGUCAGCGUUAGCUGAAGAGAGAGUAAAGCUUCAGUCCAAGGUCUCGUUUACAGAAAAGGAGAAACACAACCUCCAACAAACCGUCUCCUCAUUAGAGCAGGACAAGCUGAGGUUAGAGGCUGAAACCAAAGAAUUACAGUCCUCCCUGUUAAUGAUGGAAGAGGAGAAGAACAACCUGUCUUCAGCUCUUUCCCUGCUGGAAGAAGAGAGGCUCACACAAGAACAUGAGGUUCUCCAGAAAACAGUGGCUUCUAUGGAAGAAGAACUGGAGACGCAGAAACAGUUCAUCUCACAGCUCAGUGAGCAGGUUUCUGAGUUAACAUCCAGCGCAGCUCGUCUGUCUAAAGAGAAAGACUCUGCUCUGAGUAAAAUGAACCUGUGGAUGAAGACCUGCAGACAGCUGGAGCAGGAGAAGCAGAACAUCUUAAACAGUUCAGAAGAGGGAAGAAGCAGUGAAGAGUUAAAGGCUGAAGCAACCCAGCUGAGGGCCGAGGACAGAAAGAAAGAAGUGGAAGAGCUGAUGAGCGCCCUGAAGAAAAUGAAGACAGAGGCUGAGGAAAGGCAACAAGAAUUUAUAGAUAAGGACAAAGAGGUUAAGGAACUUACAGCUGCCCUGGAAGGAAUGAAGAAGAAGAUGGAGGAGAAGGAAAGAGAGCUGGAAGAGAUUGGACAGGAGCUGGAUAAAGUUAAUACACUUCUUGAAGAGAAAAGCACAGAGGCUGAUGAGAGCAUGGAAAAAUACUGCAGCCUGAUGGUUAAAGUUCAUAAGCUGGAGGAGAGCAAUGAUGCACUGAAGUCCCGUCUGGAACAGGCUACUGCAAACCAACAUGCUAAAGAAGCCAAGAUCCCCUCUGAAACCUGCCGACGUUCAGCAAGGAAGUCUUCCUCCAAACACCAGGAAGAAAAGACUAAUGAAAACACAGAAAAUGUGGUUCCCACAGCAACUCCGAGCUCUCCGCAGGGAUCCUCUCCGGGGAAGCGGGGUCAUAAUGAAAUCAGUGACAGAGACAGCGCCCAGGAGGCUCUACACAACCUGACGAAGAAGCUCAAAGCCAACGCCAUGACACCCAGAGCAAGAGGUGAACAGGAGGAUGAAGAGUUCAGACCAGAGGGCCUGCCUGACCUGGUGCAGAAAGGGUUUGCUGAUAUUCCACUGGGGGAGGCCAGCCCAUAUAUUAUCAGGAGGACCACAGGGAGGCGCUGCAGUCCUCGGCUGGCUGCAAGGCAGACUCACCCUGAUGUCAAGGUUUUGGGCCCAAUCCAUCUCCAGAGUCCUUCUGGUUCAUCCACGGACAGCUCUGACAGGACGCGCCAGUCUCUGCAAAGCGAACAGAAACCUUUACAUUCUUCAAUAAAUUUACAGAAGGAACCAGAGCAGAGAGAAAAGCAAGGAGAAAACUGUCAUGUUCAGUAGACCACUUAAUGCACACAUAGAAACACACCUAGGCACAAAUUUUAGCGUUUAAUCACAGGGAGGUUCUUUAAAAUUCCACCUAAAUGUAUUUAGCACAUAAAUUGUAUACGUUCUUUCUGGACUGAAACGGACGCAUUUCCUGUUCUGUUUUCUCUGCAAAUGCAUUAACCUCAUGAAGAAACGAAUGUGUGGAAAAAAAAUUUUCUUCCUUGCAUUGCUUUAUUUUUUAAUGUUUUUAAUCAAACUACAUUUUUGAAAACACUUUUCUAUGUCUUUAUAGCAGUCAUGUUUGUAUAAUUGUGUCUUUCCUUUUUCUUUUUUUACUAUCCCUGUCCUGCACUGGAAGAAAUGUCUUUGAGCUGAUCUUGUUUUCUGUUGAUGACGGCAGCUGGCAGUUUAACAUUACUACAAGUUGGUUUUUCUGAAGUGUGUUUAAUGAUCAAUGUAAAUAGCCAAUAAAUCAUAAACCUUUUUUUUUUACUAAACAUAUUUUAGCAGCUUUAA